AUGGCAUCACCAUCCGACCGUCCAACAGGAGUCAAGCGGCCUAGAACGCAAUCGCUUCCUCCUCCACAGUUGCCCCAACUCGUUGCCGAACAAAAGACACCCAUCCCCGCAUCCGACAAAGACACCCAACGUCUCAUCGUCGUCCUCUCGAACGCAAGCCUCGAAACGUACAAAGCAUCACAUGGAGGCACUGGCCGAAAUGGCGUUCAUCGUGAAGACAAAUACUCUCUCCUCAACAGUGAUGAGCACAUCGGUGUUCUCCGUAAAAUGAGCCGGGACAUUAGUGAUGCCCGUCCCGACAUUACCCACCAGUGUCUACUGACAUUGCUCGACUCGCCCAUCAACAAAGCCGGCAGGCUCCAAAUUUAUAUCCACACAGCCAAGGGAGUCCUCAUCGAGGUCUCGCCUUCGGUCCGUAUUCCUAGAACAUUCAAGCGCUUCGCUGGUCUCAUGGUCCAGCUGCUGCAUCGCCUCUCGAUCCGUUCGACAAACUCGAACGAGAAGCUGCUUCGCGUAAUCUCGAACCCAAUCACUGACCACCUUCCACCCAACUGCCGAAAGGUGACUUUGAGUUUUGACGCUCCCCUCGUUCGCGUCCGAGACUACGUUGAGGGUCUCGGCCCCAAGGAGAGCAUCUGCGUUUUCGUCGGUGCCAUGGCCAAGGGCAACGACGAUUUCGCCGACUCGCUUGUGGAUGAGAAGAUAGGUAUCAGCAACUACGCUCUCUCUGCAAGUGUCGCCUGCAGCAAGUUCUGCCAUGCUGUCGAGGAUGCCUGGGAUGUUUUGUAA